AUGGGAGACCUACCGAUCCAGAUGAAGGACCAGCGGUCGUGGCUCCACCACCCAGCCAGCGUGCACCAGGACGGGAUAACAGUAGAGGGGCUCAUUCGUCGGUCCCUGGAGGCCAAGGAGUUCGCCUACUGCCCCUACAGCCGGUUCAGGGUGGGGGCAGCCCACCUGGCCCACGACGGCAAGGUGUUCACAGGCUGCAAUGUGGAGAAUGCGUGUUACAACCUGGGGGUGUGUGCAGAGAGGAACACCAUCUGUAAAGCAGUGUCAGAGGGUUACAGGAGCUUCAAGGCCAUCGCUAUCGCCCGUGACUUAAUCGACCAAUUCAUCUCACCAUGCGGUGGCUGCAGACAGUUCAUGAGAGAGUUUGGGGCCAGCUGGGACGUGUAUCUGUCCAAGCCAGACGGCUCGUACGUAGAGAUGAACAUAAGCGAUCUGCUUCCUGUCUCCUUCGGACCUGAAGACCUGUCCAUGAAGAAAGUCUUAAAGAUCCCCAACCAGUAUUAA